AUGGUUGGGUCUGGGCCACUUCUCACUCACAUAUUCCUCACCUCCUUCAUUUCUCUCCUCGUCCUCCACAGAUCUCGAGUCUGCUCUCGUGCAGCCCCUGCCCUCCGACUUCAAGAUGGACGUGUUAGGCGGGUCACUGGACUGUCUGCGUCAGGCCCUGGGACGGUGAACAACACCUACACCCUCGCCCUCCUCGCCUACGCCUUUACCCUCGCUGGAGACGAGACCUCGAGGGACAGCACCCUCCUCCGGCUGGACGCCCUCGCCAUCAAUGAGGACGGCCAGACCCACUGGGGGCAACGUGAAGGUGGGGAGGAGGGGUUGGGGCAUUGGUGGAGGGCCCCCUCGGCUGAGGUGGAGACGACAGCCUACGUGCUGCUGGCCCUGCUCCCACCCCCCAACAUCAGCCCCACCCAGCUGCAGCGCUCCUCCCCCAUCAUCCGCUGGCUGGUCCGCCAGAGGAACUCGUACGGAGGCUUCGCCUCCACACAGGACACAGUGGUGGCCCUCCAAGCCCUCUCCCUCUAUGCGGCCCUCACCUACUCCCCCGAGCCCCUCUCCUCCGUCUCGCUCACUGGCCCCAGUGGCUUCCAGCGGCUCCUCCACAUCGACGCCCACAACCGGCUGGUGGUGCAGAGAGCGGCACUGCUGGCCCCUGGCACCUACAUCGGCAACAUCACCGGCACCAGCUGUGUGCUGCUCCAGACGUCUCUCCGUUACCACACACUGCCGUCUGCCGGUGCUGCCGCCUUCCAGCUCUCCCUCCACCUGGAGCCGUACGGGAAGACGGAGGCAAAGCUGCACAUCGACGUCACCUACACGGGAUCCCGCAACGUCUCCAACAUGGUGAUCGUCAACGUGAAGAUGCUCUCCGGGUAUUCCCCCCAGACCACGAUGCCUGUGGGUGUGAGUCGCAUAGAGUCAAAGGACGGACAUUUCCUGAUGUACAUUGAAAAGAUGGACGCCGGCCAGACCCUCCCCCUGUCCGUCCGCAUCUUCCAGGAAUUCCCUGUGGAAAACCUGCAGGAGGCCCAAGUCUCCGUCUACGACUACUACGUGACCGACGAGGCCGCCAUUGCUGGGUACAAGUGGCCCACUUCAAGCAAGGAGUAGCAAAUCAUGGAGGAGGCCGCGGGUCGAGUGGGAUGAACACAGAGGCUCCCAGCGCCGGACUGAAGCCGAAAACAAUCGUCA